AUGGCAGCUCUACGCCAACCACACCUCGGUCGACUAGAAAGAGGACCUAGCGAAAGGAAAUACUUGAGUGAAAAAAUAUUUACUGUGAUUAGACCGUUUAGACACAUACCUGCCCUGCGACCAGAGGAGACUGGUUGUGGGGUUUACUCCCGCGACCUGGUGAUUGGUCACGGAGCUUGGUCGGAGAGCCUGAUUGCGUGGUCGUUGGCUAGUCGUGUGGUCGCUGAUUGGUCGCGCGGGGUGACCACGGUUCCGGACAAACAUGGCAUACAGCACCUGCUGAUAUUUUACCGGUGUGAGUCCACCUGCGGGGGGACCCCACUAUUCUUUACACCGACAGACACUUUGGUGAACACGGGGAGAGCUGAACAUGGAAAAAACAGUGCCGGAAUUGAGAACCCAACAGUUGAAGUUCGGUUUGAGAACUUAAGCAUAGAUGCAGAAGCAUAUGUAGGGAAGAGAGGAAUUCCUACAGCGGCCAAUUUCUUUAUGAAUAAGACGGAGGAGGCGUUGAACCUUUUUUGCAUCAUUCCAACCAAUAAGGCUAAGAUUUCGGUACUACAUGAAAUUAGUGGGAUCAUCAAGCCUUCCAGGUUGACAUUACUAUUAGGACCCCCAGGCUCUGGCAGGACUUCCUUAUUAUUGGCUUUUGUAGGACAGCUUGAUUCAGCACUGAAGAUGUCAGGGAUCGUUACCUUGAAUGACCGCUCGAGAGACACUGUCAUUCUCUGCUCGAUGCCAAGGUAGCUGGCAAUUGCUAUAUCAUGCUUGCACAUAAACUGCUGGGUUAUUACUAUUAACCAUGCUUCUCAUCGACAGGUUUGUUAUCAGAGCUUGUUGCAAGGGAAAAAAAUCUGCAAACACAAAGCCUUAUCCCGAUAUUUAUCUUUUCAUGAAGGCAAGGAUGAAUGCAUGCACCGGAAAACUACAAAAUAAUGCAAUAUCAAAUUAUAUCUGAUAGUUAUUCAGCAUCCUCUUAUUUACAGUGUAUUCAUCAUGCCAGUAAAAAUAACCAGUCGAGAUAGACAAAAAAAGUGCAAAACCCACAAAAACAAGUAUUAGAUACUAUAAAAUCCUGAACCGAGCAAAAAGAAUCCAGAGCAAAAUUAGCGUGGAAUAAAUCAUGAGACAAUCACAAGUGAUUGUCAUAACAAAAGGCAUGCUUACACUGUCAUGAAUUGCAGUGUUAUCUGAAUUAGCAACAAAGUUAUAAUCAUGAUAAACGAAUCGGCAGAUGAAUGAAUUGCACAAUGGUGAGCAUGUGAAGACAUCACAAGUCCACAGAGCAUCAUCCACGAUGUUGCCGAUUAUCUUAACCUCAACCACCCCCGGUCGGUUUCUUGCCUCGCUGAACAGCAAAAGCAUGGCCAUCUAAAACACUUCCCUAUCACCAUAUCCGUGUGCUCUUUCAUUUCUUUUCCUUUUCUAGAUAGAUGGAUAUGGAACGUCAAAAACACAUGUAAUAGUACAUGGCCACAUCAACUCGCUAAUGGGUUGGCAAUAAAUUCAAUAUUGAUACCUUUCUAUUAUCUUUCAUGUAUACUGGUAAAAUGAUUAAUUAAUUUGUCCCAUAUGAAUAUAUCACUGUACAAAAAGUAUCCAUAACCCGAAUUAUUAUUAUUACACGAGGAAUUCUCGGUCACUACACGCUUCACUUUGUUUAAGCUCUAGGAUUUUAGAAGCUUAUAUAAUUCAUUUAAUUUCCUUUUGACAAGCAUCAUCACCGAAAGGUUAUGCUGACAUUGUUACUGAUCACAUUCUGAAGGUCUACAGACUGAUUCGAUCAUUUUCAUCCAUAUAUCUCUCUUUUUACCAUUUUUCUAUUAAAGGACAAAAUGUAAUCUAGUACAUCACGAAGAGAAGUAGUUACAAACCUAU